GCACAACAAACAAAAGGGGUGGAUGCGAUCGUCGUCCUCUGCUCUGACUUCCAUGCUUAGGAUGACGACGACGACGACGACAAUGAUGCUGAUGAAGAUGAUAGUGCUGAUGCUCUGUGUUGGAUUGGCGACUUGCGCCUCGAGGGCUCGAGCGGAGCAAUUCGGCGCAGCGGAGCAUUCUGAGCAGCAGCAUUUCGCAGCAGCACCGCGGUUUGCCGAGGCACCAGCAGAAGGAGCUCCAGCGGCGGCGAACAGCGUCCUGCUGCUGCGUGAACUGCGUCUGAAGGGCAACCCAAGCCCGUUGGAGCGGCGGAUGGAUGGCGGCCGGCUGAGCGACCAGGAGGACAGUGACCGGCAAAUGCGAAAACGAUCUACAACCCAACAACCAGCGCAGCCAGAGCGCGACCCCGACGCAGACGCAGCCGCAGACGCAGCCGCAGCCGAUGUGGGUGCGCAGACAGGCAAAGCGUGGAUGGCGCUUGCGUCUGGAAACGGAACUGCGCCAGAGGACGAGCGGACGAUUGCCGAUCUGCCCGACUGGGCGGUCGUGCUGUGCAUCGGCGUGUCGGCGUUUCUGUCGGGCGUCGCAAUGGGCCUCACGAGCUUUGGCUCGGCCAUUGUGUUCCAUCUGUGCUGGCAGCUCUUCUUGCUGUUCUCUGGCAUUGCGCACGACGACUUGAGCCAGCUGGUCGGGCUGCUCGCCAUCAUGGACUGGGGCACCGUCCCGCCCUUGCUCUACAUUUGCUGGAAGGACGUCGACGCCACCAUCCUUGGGUAUCUUGUCGUGCCCAUGGCCGUGACCACUGCGCUUGGAUCCUACAUUCUCGUGACCACGCCUCCAGACAUCCUCAAGCUCAUUCUGGGCAUCAUUUUCAUUGUGUUUGCGACUUGGCGCAUUCUGCUCGAGGUGUUUCAAUCUCCCCGCGGCAUGGCCUGGCUCUCUCGCAUGCACCUGGAAACAAGUACAUUGCAACGGAGUCUUGCACGAUGCUUGCUCGUGCUGUUCCCGCCACCGUCCUUGCUUACGGUUGCCGCGCCGGCCGACGAGUUUGGCCAGCACGAGAUGGCCGUCGUUGUGCCCCUGGAUGGCACUGCUGCCGUCGGUGAACCACCAGUUACAACAAAGCAGCCUCAACUCGAUGCACAAGAUGACCAAGCACACCUCGUGUGCGCCACCCAGGACGAAAUCGACGAGAAGGUUGACUCUAUCCAAAGUCUCCAGCCAUACGAAUCCGACGAACAACUCGAUGUGGAGCCCGGAGUGCAGACUGACUUGGACGAGCCGUCCGAGCCACCAGCAGCACGCCGUGCCAACAACACCCGAUGUGGCUGCUAUCCGUACUGGCCCAGAACAAAUCUGUCCACUGGACGCAAGAUCUUCACGGCCAUCGCGGGUGUUACAAGCGGCUUUUUGCGCGGUUUGUUUGGCGUUGGUGGGCCCCCACUCAUGGUCUAUGUUUCUCUGUCGGGACUGGAUAAGAAACCCCUCCGUGCCACGGUGACUGCAACCUCGAUGGUUACCCUCCCCAUCCUGACGGGAUAUCUUCUCAUUUACGAAGGUCGGUUGAAAUCGGACGAGUGGCCGCGAUACUUGACGGCCGUCUGCUGCUCCUGUGUCGGCCUAUUGAUUGGCAACUUGCUGUUCAAAAAGUUCAACACCGCCACAGUGUUGCGCUUCAUCCUCGUCCUUCUCGUUGUGGCUGCGAUGACGAUGAUGAGCUUGCCGAUGAUUCCCACGAUCGUCUUGCUUGGCCUGCUAGCAACAGGACUCGUGACGCUCUGGCUGCACAACAAAUGGCGCCAACGACAGCGCGAGCGCGCGGAGGCUGAGAUUUCAUUCGAGUUGUUGAGAGAUUGAUGUACCGUAGCGCGUGCUUUUUUUUGUAAGACCAAUAACACAAUGUAUUCUAAUAAAACAAAAUGCGCUAGUACGA